AAUGAUUAUAAAAGUAUGGCAACUGAUCUGGUACCUCUGAAAGCUGUAGGACCAUCUUUCAGGGCAAUGGAUCCUUGGGGACUCACUUCUACUGCCCUAUUGGCUUGUGUCCUUUUCCUGAUCUUCAUAUCCCUAUGGAACCAAGGAUUCAAAAAGGGAAAGCUCCCACCUGGUCCCACUCCUCUUCCCUUUAUUGGAAACAUCCUGCAAUUGGAUUUCAAGAAUAUGACUAAAACAUUCUCACAGCUGGCUGAAACAUAUGGCCCCAUCUAUACUCUUUAUUUUGGAACCCAACGUAUUGUGGUGUUACAUGGAUAUAAUAUUGUCAAGGAAGCUCUAAUUGAUCAAGGAGAUAUUUUUAUGGCAAGAGGAGAUGUACCAAUAUUUGAAGAUUUUGCCAAAGGAAAAGGAGUUAUUUUCAGUCAUGGAGAGAGGUGGAAACAAAUCCGUAGAUUUUCUCUCAUGACGUUAAGGAACUUUGGGAUGGGGAAGAGAAGCAUUGAAGAGAGAGUUCAAGAAGAAGCCCAAAGCCUGGUGGAGGAGCUCAGGAAAACAAACGGUCAUCCCACUGAUCCUACCUUCAUCCUUGGCUGUGCCCCAUGCAAUGUGAUCUGCUCUAUCCUCUUCCGGGAUCGAUUCAAGUAUAAUGACAAGAAAUUUCUAUAUCUGAUGAAGUUGUUAAAUGAAAACUUUCAUCUGUUGAACACACCAUGGACGCAGCUUUACAACUUUUUACCAGCAUUCAGAGAGUACCUCCCUGGAACACAUAAAACAAUUUCUAAAAAUAUUGAGGAAAUAAAGCAUUUCAUUUCGGAAAGAGUGAAGGAGCAUCAGAAAAUAUUGGACCCCCACAACCCACAAGACUACCUGGACUGCUUCCUCUCCAAAAUGCAGCAGGAAAAAGAUAAUCCCCAAUCUGAAUUUGACUUAGAGAAUCUAAAAAUGACUGGAGUAGACUUAUUUUCUGCAGGAACAGAGACAACCAGCAGCACUCUAAGAUAUGGCCUGCUGCUCAUUCUGAAACAUCCUGAGGUCCAAGCAAAAAUUCAUGAGGAAAUUGAUCGUGUGAUUGGACAUAAUCGAGUUGCUUCCAUAAAAGACAGACAAGAUAUGCCCUAUAUGGAUGCUGUGGUCCAUGAAGUGCAAAGAUUUGUUGACCUUGUACCCCUCAACCUGCCCCAUGCAGUGACCAAAGACAUCCAGUUUCAACAAUAUGUCCUCCCUAAGGGUACAACAAUCUUCCCACUGCUCUCCCCAGUCUUGUAUGACAGCAAAGAGUUUCCCAACCCUGACCAGUUUGACCCCCAGCAUUUCCUGGAUAAGAAUGGGAAAUUCAAGAAAAGUGACUACUUCAUGCCUUUUUCCAUUGGAAAACGGUCUUGUCUUGGAGAGGGCCUGGCAAGGAUGGAGUUAUUUUUGUUCUUUACCAGCAUUCUACAGAAUUUCACCCUCAAACCUGCAGGGGAUCCAAAUGAAAUUAGCAUGAAGACCACUAAAAUUGGGUUCACCAAUUUUCCACCACGUUAUCAAUUAUGCUUUGUUCCCCACUAGUCAGAAGACAAAGUUGAAUUGGAAAUUAGCUGGCUCAUUUCAUCUUCUAGAUGCAAUAAUAUCAUGUUUUUGACUGGAAUACUCUUGAAAGAAAGACAAAUUGCCACCUAGUGAUUAAAAAGGCUUUAAUUUUCAGGGACAACGUAGGCUAGCAGAAUGCUUUGUGUGUACUUUGGUAAUAGGUGCUGCAUUAUAGACAUUCAUGUGUAUCCCUCUCAGCAAUAUCUCCAGCCACAUCCUCAGUUCUUGUUUUAGGGUAUGGUUGGAGAUUUGCAAAAUAUACCCUCAAAAAAACCUAUAUUAGUUUGUAUUUUUCACUUGUCCUCCUGGAUGAUCUUAUUUUACAUAGUAUAUUACUUGUUCUGAAUUUAGGGCAUAAUAAACAUGGAUGUGUGGCUACUAACUCCUGAUAUGAAAA